UUUUUAUAAUGAUAAUGAUGGUUUCCCCAUGUUGCCCAGGUUCGUCUCGAACUUCUGAGUUUAAGCGAUCCGUCCGCCUCAACCUCCCAAAGUUCUGGGAUUGCAGAGGUGAGCCACCACGCGGGCCGAAAGUGUCCCUCCUGAAAGCGGGAAGUCUUGUCUUCCAUUGCGAUUUCCCAGGGCGCCUGCCUACCACGGGACCUAGCUUGGGAGGUAAUAAAAACUUGGUGGAGUCUAAGUCCUGGGAAGGAAAAAAAGGACGGAGGGGGCGGGGGCCUGCAGACCAACCCCGCCCAUCACAAAGACCACGCCUUCCAGAACGCUGACGUCACCAUCUGGCCCCGCCCCUCAUUGUCAGUCCCGCGGAGCCGGAGGAGGCGCCGGCCGCUGGGAGCUGAGCGCAGGACCCCUCGGCGGGCGGGAGCGCGGUCCGGGGUCGCCGAGGUCAAGAGACAACUGCCUUUGAAAGACAGUGAGUGACCAUUUCCAAAUCAGAAAGCAUAGGGAGAGCUGCCGGAAGUAUUGACGAAAAGCUUGUAUUACCUAAAUGAGUGAUGAUGCUCUCCAGCUGCCAAAGAAGAUUGUGGUUGCCAAGAGAAAGGUAACCAUUUCUCAUCCCCUUGAGUGGAAUUGGAUGCCUCUAGGAGCGCACACUGGCUGGCAGUAGACAUGGCCGAAUUUACAAGCUACAAGGAGACGGCCUCCAGCCGCCACUUGCGGUUUAAGCUACAGAGUCUAAGCCGCCGCCUUGAUGAGUUGGAGGAAGCCACAAAAAACCUCCAGAAAGCAGAGGAUGAACUCCUGGAUCUCCAGGACAAGGUGAUUCAGGCGGAAGGUAGCAACUCAAGCAUGUUGGCGGAGAUUGAAGUGCUGCGCCAGCGGGUGCUGAGAAUUGAAGGCAAAGAUGAGGAAAUUAAGAGAGCAGAGGAUCUAUGUCGUCUGAUGAAGGAGAAACUUGAAGAGGAGGAAAACCUCACCCGGGAGCUGAAAUCUGAGAUUGAGCGGCUUCAGAAACGAAUGGCUGAAUUAGAGAAGCUAGAAGAGGCCUUCAGCAGGAGUAAGAAUGACUGUACCCAGCUGUGUCUGAGUCUGAAUGAGGAGAGAAAUUUGACCAAGAAAAUCUCCUCUGAGCUAGAAAUGCUCAGAGUCAAAGUGAAGGAACUAGAAUCUUCUGAGGACCGCUUGGAUAAAACUGAGCAGAGUUUAGCAUCGGAGUUAGAAAAGCUGAAAUCGUUAACUCUGAGCUUUGUAAGUGAGAGAAAAUACUUGAAUGAAAAGGAUAGAGAAAAUGAGAAAUUGAUAAAAGAACUCACUCAAAAACUAGAGCAGAACAAAAAAAUGAACCGAGAAUAUACAAGGAAUGCUUCUAAUCUGGAAAGAAAUGACCUACGGAUUGAGGAUGGCAUCUCUUCCACGUUGCCGUCCAAAGAGUCAAGAAGGAAGGGGGCUCUGGACUAUCUAAAGCAGGUGGAGUAUGAAACAAGAAACAAAUCAGAAAAUGAAAAGAACCGAAACCAGGAAGACAACAAAGUCAAAGACCUUAACCAAGAGAUUGAGAAACUGAAGACGCAAAUCAAACACUUUGAAUCAUUGGAAGAAGAGCUUAAGAAAAUGAAGGCCAAAAAUAAUGACCUUCAGGAUAAUUACCUAAGUGAACAAAAUAAAAACAAGUUAUUAGCCAGCCAACUGGAGGAGAUAAAGCUACAAAUCAAGAAACAAAAAGAGUUAGAAAAUGGGGAGGUAGAAGGCGAAGAUGCUUUCCUGUCCAGCAAGGGCAGACAUGAGAGGACUAAGUUUAGAGGCCAUGGAAGUGAAGCUCCUGUGUCCAAGCACACAGCACGGGAACUGUCUCCUCAGCAUAAGCGGGAACGACUCCGGAACAGGGAGUUUGCUAACAAUGAGAACUCUCCUCUGAGCAACAGGCAGGUUUCUUCUCCCAGUUUCACCAACAGGAGGGCAGCAAAAGCUGCUCACCUGGGGGCAAGUACAGACAGUGGGACUCAGGAGACAAAGAGAACUGAAGACCGAUUUGCACCCGGAUCCUCCCAGAGCGAAGGGAAGAAGUCUAGGGAGCAGCCCUCGGUGCUUAGUCGCUACCCCCCAGCUGCUCAGGAGCACAGUAAAGUGUGGAAGGGGACUCCCAAGCCGGGCACCGAGAGUGGACUGAAGGGAAAAGUAGAGAAGACAACACGAACAUUUAAUGACACCACCCAUGGAUCAGUUCCCAGUGAUGCACUGGGUAGAGCUGACAAGGCUUCUGACACCUCCUCUGAGACUGUGUUUGGCAAGAGGGGACAUGUUCCUGGCAAUGGAAGUCAAGUAACUCAGGCUGCAAACUCUGGAUGUUCUAAUAAGACCAUUGGAGCUCUGGCCUCAUCUCGAAGAUCCUCCUCAGAAGGGCUCUCUAAAGGCAGAAAGGCUGCCAAUGGCCUUGAGGCCGAUACCAGUUCCCCAAAUUCCAAGGCUCCUGUUUUAUCAAAGUAUCCUUAUAGCUCUAGAAGCCAAGAGAACAUCCUUCAGGGAUUUUCAACCUCACAUAAAGAAGGAGUUGAUCAACCUGUAGCUGUUGUGAUGGAAGAUAGCAGUCAACAUGAAGCCUUGAGGUGUCGAGUUAUCAAAUCCAGUGGCAGAGAGAAGCAGGACUCAGAUGAUGACUUGGACAUAGCGUCUCUUGUUACUGCCAAGUUGGUAAAUACCACCAUCACUCCAGAGCCAGAGUCCAGACUACAGCCUAACUCUAGAGAAAAGGCCAAAUCCCGAGGAGUACCUAGAACAUCCCUAUUUGAGAAUGAUAAGGAUGCUGGAAUAGAGAAUGAAUCUGUGAAAUCUGUCAGAGCCUCCUCCAAUGCCAUGGAGCUCCCAGAUACCAAUGGUGCUGGGGUAAAAAGCCAGAGGCCCUUUAGCCCCAGAGAGGCCUUGCGGUCUAGAGCUGUCAUCAAGCCUGUUAUCAUUGAUAAGGAUGUGAAAAAAAUCAUGGGAGGAUCUGGAACAGAGACUACGUUGGAGAAACAGAAACUCAUCUCCAAACCAGGGCCAAACAAAGUGACAAGCAGCAUUACUAUCUAUCCCUCUGACAGCGGCAGCCCCAGAGCUGCUCCCGGUGAGGCCCCAAGGGAGAGGCACACAUCUACCAGCAAUAUCCAGGUGGUGCCGCCGGAGCUUACAUCAGUUAGCAACCACAUCAGCUCUCCUUUUGAGCUCUCCAUCCACAAACAUGACAUCACCCUGCAGCUUGCAGAAGCUGAGAGAACGGCAAAUGGGCCCCUGAAGAACAGGCCAGAAACAGUGGUCUCUCGGAGCAGCAUUAUCAUCAAGCCAUCGGACCCUGUGGAGAGGAAUAGCCAUGCACCUCCAGCGGAGACAAUCAGGUGGAAAAGCCAUAGUGCCCCUUCAGAAGUGGGCUCCUCAGAUGCCAGACAUGUUACUGUGCGGAAUGCCUGGAAGAGUAGGCGAGACUUGAAAUCUUUAGAAGACCCCCUAACUCGAAUAGGUAAAAACAUGGAAUCUACUAAUGCCUACACCCAGCGGUCUUCCACAGACUUCUCAGAACUUGAACAGCCCAGGGCCUACCUUUUUGAGCAGGGCACUCGAAGGGUAGGACUAAGUUCAGGGGAUGCCACCGAGCCCUCCUCCAGAAGGACCCAAAGUAGCCUCUCUGUGUCUGAAGUGCUUACCCGUCGGAAUCGGGUAGGAGACACUGUCACUGUUGUAGCCUGGAACCACUCAGCAGGCAUGGAGGAAGAGGGGGAAGAUUGUACACUCAGUGUCUGCAAGCAACUGCACAACUCCUUGGACCCGUCUGAACUGCCUGUGAAGCAGGGGCCGCCAGAGCCUGGUCGUGUACGGGCUGAGGAACGAUUACGGCCAACCAGGCCCUGUGCUGAGGAGAACUGAGCCAACUGGUUGUCUGUUGUCUGCCCUCUGCUCCUGCUUCUCAGCUCUUCCACUGUCCUGCCCCAUGGAGGAUCUAAGGCCAGUUAACCAAGCAAGACACAAGGCCUUGGGCUGGGAAACUGUGGUAGAGCCUGGCUGUGGCUCAGGUAAUCUUUGCCAGUUGGCCAGAGGGAAUCAGAGAUUACAAGCUGGACAGUCACCUAGGCCCUGCCUUCCCCAAUGCACGAGUCCUCUCUUUUUCCUUGUCCCUGCCCCCCAAGUAGUUGGACCAUUCUGGCCCCCAAACGGGAUGAUAAAGUCCCCACCACACAGCAGCCAUCAAAAGCUUUUCUCUGCUCCUUGGUGGCUUGUUUCUGGAUCAUAGGGCAGCCCCUGUCUGUGUGGUUAAUGUUCUGAUUUCUCAGUCUCCUCACUAUAUCCACCUUACUCCUCAUUUGCCCUAUGGGCCCAAGUACUCAGUAAGAUUUACCAGCCAUCAGCACCACCUAGGGGGCUUCCUUUUCCUUCUCCUUGGAGUUCUUUUCCUCAGACUUUUAAAGAAGAGGUCUGUGCUGCCUCUAAAGGAUUAUGAGACUACCCUUUAGGGUGAAGUUUGGCCUGGCCCCCUGGCCGACCAGUUUCCUGGGGGCAGAGCAUGCAGAUACCCAUGCGGAUACCCAUUGGAAUGAUAGCAUCCCUCCCCAACCCCGGCUCUCUCUGCUCACCUUUCAAAGGCACCUGGAGGUGCAAGCCUCAUGCAUCUCCUUUCCUGAGCACCAGUAGUGCUGCUGGCAUCACCUGUUCUCUUUCCAGUGGAGACUUCAGGCUGACUUCAUCGUUUCCACCUUGAGAAAAUCCCUAGACUAAGCUAGGCCUGACCCAGCACACUCUGCCUUCUAGGAAGUGCCCAGUAAGGGGGAAAGCAGACCCACAGUGACUCCCCUUUAGUCACUGCACAAGCAAUAGCUCCAUGAGAGGGAUGGACUGUAAGACUACUCCCUCCUGUUCCUCCUCCUCCAUCCCCCAUGGAGGAGGCAUCGCACUUUACCCCGCUGAUGCAUUCCUACGCAAGUGGGCCCGGGAUUUCUGCAAGUAGACUAUCAUGACUUCGUUGGAGGAGAGUUGAUACAUGCAUACCCAUUGAGGGCCUCAGGUUUAUAUAGUUCAAAAUGCAGCAAACCUUUCAGAAAGCCACAUAAAUAAAUUGGUUAGGUUCCUCAUACCAUUCAAAUGGGGAAGUUGAAAAGUAUAUUCUUGGCACUGCUUUUUCUGUAGCAUUCUCUCAAUACAAAGAAGGGAUCCCCUUUCAAAGGCUAUCUUUAUGAAGCAGAUACUAUUGCCCUCAGAAUGAGAGAACAUUAAACUAGUAGUCUGGUAAGCUGGAUUUUUUUCCCCAUGGCUUUACUUCCUUGCUGUGUGACCUUGGGUGAGUCAUUGUUUUCUUGGAGCCUCAGUUUCCCUAUCUGUAAAAUGAGUUAUUUGAAAUGGAUGAUCUCUAAGGGCACCAAAUCUGGUAUUCUAAGGUUCUCCUGUUUUCACUAUCCAUAAUAGUAUGGAAUGGUUUCUGCUUUUGGAAGGUAUCAUCCACAUGGGUUCUUCCCUCCUGCCCUUCAUUGUUUUUCUGGGCCUUGUUUUCUAGUUUCCCCAUGUUUUAAUCUCAUGGGGAUGAGCUCAGAGGAGCUCCCUGGGUCUGUUUCCCAGUCUACAAAGUAAAGGGAUUAGAUCAGAUGGUCUCUGAGGCUCUUUGUGGCAUCAGCCUUGCCCAGUGCCCCGUGGUGUCUCCUGGCUUUCUAGGAGUCUGCAUGUUAUGGAAAGUACCCGAGUCUGUGUAUCUCCUGUUCCUGUGCAUCUCCUAUGAAUUUCCUGGGAAGAGGAAGACUCAAGACUUCCUCCAGAGGAAUUUAUCUUCUCUGCUUCCACUCAGCAUGGGAACUGGUGUUCAUUCUGCUCAUGUCUGCAUCAGAUUUGGCAGUGAGGAGGCUUGGGGAGCACCUACCUUACUUUCAGGGACAGGAAUCUGUUGCUCAUACUCCUGUUUUCUAGAGUUUCGGGAAUCUAAAGGCAUUGUCAUGUGGCCUGCCUUUCCUCUCCACGUCCCAGCCUCUGAUGCUCAAGAUGCUGUUUCCAAGAUCUCUUCCUGCUGCUUCUCCUGGCUCACUGGCCAGAAACUAGCUCACUCAAGGCUGCAAUCUCUCACUUGCAGCCUCCCUGCCAUUCUCCUUCACUGGUUGGCAACCUUGAGAGUUCAAAGGAAAUCACUCUGUGGUGGUCAACUGAAGCUAUAGGAAACUAGUAAGUCUGUGGCUCUUCUCUGCUGAUGGAAACAGAAGGGCGCUAAACCAUGCCUAAAAAGAUCCCGCCAAUAAUUCUUGUCUUUGGGUGUUGGAGCCCUGGAUUCUGGUGCUGUAGCUCCUGGUGCCAAAGUCUGGAUCUUUCCACAUUUCAGCAGCACCAACAUCUGCUGCUACUCAAAAUGCUCUGUGGAAGAGGGACAGCUGUGAUGCCCUUUUGCUGGGGCUGCCAUCUUGAAAUCUGAGUGCAAUAGGAUUUGAUUGUAAUAGUUACUUCAGGAUAUUUUGUUUCUUUAAUCUGCAUACUUUCUAGAUAGAUUUUAUUUUUAAAUGUCCUCAGCAUUGCAGAAAAUAACAUUGUAAUAGCAAGUAACAGCUGGAGGCUCAGUUUCUCUGGGCUUCCAAUGGCUGGCAAGGCUGGCUCUCAAAUCCCAAAGUUGGAAGGCAUGUUUCUGAAAAGCAACUGAGGUGUGACUGUUUGGACCCAGACCUCAUCAUCAGGGGUCCUGGAGGAAGCCUCCAAGUAGAGGGGAGACCUGGUAGUUGAAUAGUUGUUUAAUCAAGCCAAAUAUUCCCACUGCCCCAGUCAACAAACCCACUUUUAUGACAAGUUUCUUCUGCAGCUGGCUCUUAAAUUUCACUGGCAUGUAUGUGGUGGUUGGAGGGUUCCUAGUGAGUCGGGGGACCUGGCAGGAGAGCUGCUUGGUUGGAAGAAGUGGAGCUGGCUUAAUGCCAGCAGGUGAUCUCUUCUACCUGCCUUUUUUCUUUUUUCUUUUUUUUUUUUUUUUGCCACUCUGAUACUAAACCAGAGAAAGCUGCAGGUGGAUAAAGCAGCUGUGGCUGUUUUUUGCUUUUGGGUGGCAAUGAAAAAGAGUCACAGUGUGGGUUAAAGGGAUCUGCAGUGGGGUCAAGCAUGCCACCCCACCCUCAGCUGCAGGCAAGCUUGCACAUAAAUCACCCCCUCUCAUUGGAGUGUUAGGGAUGCGAGGGGUUCUAUACUGUUCUUGGACUUGUUGUCCUGGGGCAGUUUUAGUUCUUUAUAUUUGAUGAGUCAGUGCCAAGUGCUACCACUUCCCAAUAAAGGAAUAGGGACCCAGACACUGGGUCCCUGGCUACCUUAUGAGGUUUUGUUGUUUCUCUGACAAGAUUGCUUUGGAAAGAGCUGCUUUUAGGGAUUUUUUGAAUACCCCGAGUGGGGAACAGGGUUCUCCUCAAAGCCUCACACCUAAGAUCAUAGGAAAGGGGCCCUAUUUUCCUGCUGCUUCACAGCUCAGAACAUAUACUGAAUGGAAUGUAUUUUUAAGAGAAUAAAGUCUAUUUUUUUGUAUUUUAAAGAUUGGGAGGGCUAAGAAGGUAGCCCUCAAACUGUUAUUGCAUUAUAGGCCCCUUUGUUGGGGGGGGGCGGUCUGUUGGUCCACACCUACUCGCUCAGGCAGGUGCCCUGGUCUCACCCCUGCCCCUUGGAGUCUCGGUGCAGCAGCUUCUACAUUCCUGCUCCAAGCAAGGGACCAAGAAGGCCGGAACCUGUCGCUGGAAACCAGGGCAAAGCCGUGAGCAGUGGCUCAGGGCUCCUUGGGUGCAUGUGUCUAGUUGGAGCUGCCUGUCUGCAUGUAUCCUCUGGCUCUAAUGCUCUCUGUUGGCUCUGCAGUACAAUAUGUAACCAAUAAAGCUCCCUCGUUUCCAUAUA